GAUGUGGAAACUCUGCCUACACGCUCGCCAAAGUAUAAAGCUGGUGACCCGUCCCGGAAAUACAAGAGGGAGCUCGAGAAAGAAGUUGCGGAGUUACCCGCGGCAACUACAGAUGGGAUAAAAAAUUACUAUAUGAAUAAGAUUGAUGAACACCAGUUCAUUGUUACUGAAAAACUCCAAAACUUACGGCGACUCGAAGCUCAAAGAAAUGAGUUGAAUGCGAAAGUCCGAAUGCUUAGAGAAGAACUUCAGCUUCUGCAGGAGCUUGGUUCAUAUGUUGGGGAGGUUGUUAAAGCAAUGGACAAAAAGAAAGUGUUGGUCAAAGUUCAGCCCGAGGGAAAAUUCGUCGUGGAUAUCGACAAAAACAUUGAUAUCUCUCAGAUUUCGCCCAAUUGUCGUGUUGCUUUAAGAAACGAAAGCUAUACAUUGCACAAGAUCCUUCCCAGCAAAAUCGAUCCCUUGGUUUCACUUAUGAUGGUUGAAAAAGUCCCUGACUCCACCUACGAAAUGAUUGGUGGGCUAGAUAAGCAAAUCAAGGAGAUCAAGGAAGUUAUUGAGCUCCCGGUGAAACAUCCAGAACUGUUCGAAGCCCUAGGCAUUGCUCAGCCCAAGGGGGUGUUACUUUAUGGACCCCCAGGUACCGGCAAGACUCUACUUGCUAGGGCCGUUGCACAUCACACUGAAUGCACGUUCAUCAGAGUCAGUGGGUCCGAACUGGUCCAGAAAUUCAUUGGAGAGGGAGCCCGAAUGGUUCGUGAAUUAUUUGUUAUGGCCCGCGAGCAUGCACCCUCAAUAAUAUUCAUGGAUGAAGUUGACUCAAUUGGGUCUACGCGUGUGGAGAGCAGCUCUGGAGGGGACAGUGAGGUCCAGCGUACAAUGUUAGAGCUAUUAAACCAGCUAGACGGCUUCGAACCAAAACAAAAUAUCAAGGUUAUUAUGGCGACCAAUCGAAUAGACAUUCUGGAUUCUGCUCUACUGCGACCCGGACGAAUUGAUCGCAAGAUAGAGUUUCCUGCUCCGAAUGAAGAAGCUCGUCUAGAUAUUUUAAAAAUCCACUCCCGAAAAAUGAAUCUUACUCGUGAUAUUGACUUGCGAAAACUUGCCGAGUCAAUGCCCGGUGCAAGUGGAGCAGAGGUCAAAGGCGUUUGUACAGAAGCUGGAAUGUACGCUCUUCGAGAACGGCGAGUGCAUGUCACACAGGAGGAUUUUGAGCUAGCUGUGGCUAAAGUUAUGCAAAAGGAUUCAGACAAGAACGUAUCAAUCAAGAAACUAUGGAAAUGAACCCGCGAGCGAGCUUCAGUUCUUUCAGUUUUUACUCGACUACGCGGACGAUUUAUUUCCUUUUGUAAAGACGUUGUGAAUAAACCUCCUCAAACCCGCUUCGCGCACAAAGUUACCGUAGAUGUCCUUGACCUGUGUUACCUGCAGUCGUCACUCCAAUCAUUCUUUAUCUCUUCCUGCUGAAGCAUGCAUUCAUCUGACCAGUGGGGNAUCUGACCAGGGGGCUUUGCGUUAGCGUGGUUCCUUUUCUUACCCAUAAUCUUUAACUAAUCUAUGCAAACAGUUACAUUGAAUUGUCCUCGUGCUUGAAUGAUCCAGUGCCUUAGACGAUCUCGUCAACCAGCACAAGUCAUCCUUUAUGCAUGAAAUCUACGUUAACAUCGCUAGCUGGUCAACGCUGCCUUUCAAUAGGCGUUCUGAAUUACUUGACAGUACAUUUAUCGUUGCCAGGACA